AUGGAAAUUUUCAAUUCUAUUAAGAAAUGGCCAGUUGAAAUUAUUAUAAUUUAAGAUUAGUUUAAAUCGACAUUCAUUUAUAUUUUUUACAUCUAUUGUUUAUAUAAUAUAUAAUUAUAAUUAAGGGAAUAGAUUAAUUAAAUAAUGUAGAAACUGAAUAAGAUUAAAAAGCUGAAGUUGAUAAAUUGAAGGAGCAAUGUUUAUUUGCAAAAGAAUUUGAUGUAGAAAAAAUAGUUAUAAAGAAAAUAGAAAUGGAGAAAUUGAUUGAAGCAUUAAAGUAAAAGAAUGAAGAAUAUAGUUAGAUUUGGCUGCAAUAAGGAAACUGGCAGAGAAGAAGGAUAAAAAUUCAAGAAAAUACUUGAAAAUGAAUUAAAUAGAAAGGGAAUACCUUAAUAUUUGAUAAGUAAGAGAGAUAAGGUUAUAUUAUCUAAUGCAAUAUUGGAUGACAGAAGAAGAAUAAAGACAAUUAGAUCUUAAUUAUGAAGAGAUUCUGAAAAACUAAGAAAUUUGAAUUGAAUGAACAAUAAGAAAGGAUUUUAAAAGAAUAGAAAUUUCAUAAGGAAUUGUAAAAGAAAGGAUUGGAUUUUUUUAACUUAGAUAAAAUUGGGGGAUGCACCUCUAUUAAAAUAUUGAAAAAGAACAUUAUAAUGGAUGAAGAGAAAUUAGACGAGUAUAGAUUGAAUUACAAUUUAAACAACAUGGCUAAGAAGAAUAAAAUGCAUGUUUUGAGAUGA